UCGAGUCUCUCUUUCCCCAUGCCUUGCCUGCAUUUUGGCCAGUUGCCUGUUCCUGCCGGCCCCUUAUGCUGGGCAAACAAUGUAUGGUUUUAGAAAUGUCGUUGUUUUCCAACUCCUGCUGUACGAGUAAAUUUAUGCAGAAAUCCAGUCAGAAACAUGGCCUCUGCAUUGUCUGAGGAGCAGUUUUGGUGCGUCAUCUGUCUGGAUAUCUUCAAAAACCCUGUCUCCAUCCCAUGUGGGCACAAUUUCUGCCUGGCAUGCAUCAAACGUUUUUGGGAUUCACGACACAAGUCAGAGUGUCCGCUGUGCAAAGAGGCCUUUAAAAGACGCCCAGAACUCAGGAUCAACGUAGGCUUAAAAGACAUCACUGAGCAAUUUAAAAGGUCUCUAAAGGACAAGCCAGCAUACAAGCCAGCCCCAGCAAAGAGACUUAUCCCGAGACAACUUUCUAGGUCUGAGGUUAACUGCGACAUCUGCCGGGGAAACAAGUUAAUGGCGGUUAAGUCAUGCCUUGUCUGCCGCGAGUCUUACUGUGAAAUUCACCUGACGCCUCAUCUAAAGGAUCAAGUGCUGACGAAGCACGGGCUGACAGAUCCGGCCACCUUCAUCGCCAGUCACCUCUGCAGAAAUCACAAUGAGCUGCUGGAGAAGUUUUGCAAGAAAGAUCAGACACCUGUUUGUAUGAAAUGCACACAGAUGGACCACAAAAACCAUGAGAUUGUUCCCAUGGAGAAGGAGAGCAUAAGGAUCAAGACUCAGAUGAUGAAGACCAAAGCAGAGCUUCAACACAUGGUUCAAGACAGAAUCAGAAAGUGUGAUGAGAUUAAGGCUUCAGUGGAGUUGAGCAAAGUAUAUAAAGAGAGAGAGAUACAGGCAAGUGUUCAGGUCUUUACCAUGGUGAACAGCGUUAUUGAGAGAAACAUGGCUUUGCUCAUUGAGGAGAUCGAGCAGAAGUUUGAAGCAGCUGAAAAGACAGCAGAGAAGCAUCUCAGAGAGCUCGGGGAGGAAAUCGACGAAUUGCAGAUGAGAUGCACUGAGCUGCAUCACCUGGAGCAAUCCGAGGACCCUCUUCAUCUCAUACAGAGUUUCCCCUUUAUGGGUGCUCCACUGUCCACUAAAGACUUGUCUGAGGUCAGAGUUCACUCAGACAACUACAUGGGGAAAGCGAGGAGAACUUUCUCCAAGCUGGUGGACGUUUGCCACAAACUUGAAAAGAAACUGUCUGCAGAAGAAAUGAGGGAGGCAAAUCAAUUUGCAGUGGAUGUGACUAUGGAUCCUGUAACUGCUGCAGGCUGGCUGAUUCUGUCCCCAGAUGGAAAAAAGGUGAGUCUUGGCAGCCAGCAGUGGAAACCCUCUCCCUCUGACGACGUCCGCAGGUUCGAUUCCUGCGUCUCUGUUCUGGGAAAACAAAAAUUCACCACCGGAAAAAGCUACUGGGUGGUUGAGGUGGGAGAAAAAACAGACUGGGAUCUUGGUGUGGCCAAAGAGUCCAUAAAGAGGAAGGGGCCCAUCACAGUUCGUCCUGACAGCGGUUACUGGGCGAUCUGCCGGCGGAAAGGUGGCAGUCUCAGCGCUUGUGCCGGCCCCUGUGUCACCCUCAACCUCCAGGAAACCCCUCAGAAAGUGGGCAUCUACCUGGACUAUGAAGAAGGAUUGGUGUCUUUCUACGACGCAGAAGCAAAGACUCACAUUUAUACUUACAGUGGAUGUAACUUCACUGAGGCUCUCUACCCGUACUUAAACCCCUGUCUUCAUGACAAUGGGAAGAACACUGCCCCAUUGAUUAUCUGUCCUGUUAACGUCGGGUUCACUGAAGAGGCUGCAGCUUUUUGAACAGGAGAUUGAGGGCACACUUGUUUAGACGGCAAAGUUCAUGAACAUUUCCUUAUCUAUUAUGACAUUGUCAUUUGCAACCCUUUCCUCAUUGCCUUGACCAGCGCUGCUCUCUCCAGCUUCAUCCAAGUGUACUUUAGUUUCUCUGUCUAUUGACACAUUAUCACUGUUGUUUCUGGGUCUCCCUCGUUUUGUCUUCGCUUGUGGGUUCUAUGUUAGGGCACGUCUGGUUAUAUUGGUUUUGGGCUUCCACAGGAUGCGUCCAACCCCACUUCCUUUUCCUCAUCUUGGUGUUCGGCCAGUAUAACUUCAAGAUGGAUCUUAGGUACUGUAGACAAAGAUCUGGGUUUUGUAAGUGUGUUUCUCUGCUGUAUAGCAGCAGGGAUUUAACACUGGUGUUGAAUAGCAAGAGUCUGGUUCUUCGCAACUUGGCUUGAAUAAAUUAACCUUAACAUUUUUUUAGCUGAUUUGAAAAACAAUCUGAUAAAUGACCACAGAAUAAUCCGAA